AUGAGAAAUUUGGAGGAUUAUUGGAUAAGAUUUCAAAAUAACCACGAAAAAUUACUAGAGGGAGGUUCGACGAAAGACAAAUACUUUGAAACAAAAUACUACGAGCAGAUCUAUAAGACAUAUAUUGAGGGUAAAACCCUGCUGGAAGAAUAUGGAAGAAACCUGAAGAGAGGAAAGGCACCGAAAGUCAGGGAGAUUCAGAUAAGAAAACAAAGAAUCGAGGAAUUAAUACGGCAAGAAAAUGAACAAGAUUUGCAGGAGGAUGAAGAACUGCAGUCGGAGUUAAAAGAACAUAUGGAGAAAGUAAAUACACUCAUGAUCGAAGUAACAGUAAAUGAGGAGCUAGAAGCGUUGGAGAAUGGAGAAGUAGAGAGAAUAAAUCAAUUAAGGAAUAUAGUUAGGGAAACGUUAAAGAAAAUACGGCCAGGAAUGCAACGGCCAGACAGCACACAGAGGAGAGAUGGUGUGACAUUACCGCAGGUGAAAAUUCCUGUGUAUGAAGGAAGAUAUGAGACGUGGAGAACCUUCCACGAUCUGUUUACUAAAGUAACACAUGAAAACGACCAGUUAUCGAACUCAGAAAAAAUACAGUACCUAAAAACUCAAUUAAGAGGGGAAGCCAACAGAAUGAUACAGCACUUACACAUAUCAGAAGCCAACUACGAAGUGGCCUGGAACAUGUUAAAGGAAAGAUAUGAAAACCCGAGGAUGAUAUUAUAUAAACUAAUAGACAGGAUGCUACUAGCACAGGAAGUAAAGAAAGCUUCCGCUAGAGCACUGAAAUCGCUACAUGACACCUUCCAUGAGUGUCUGGAAGCCAUGGAAGAAUAA